AAUAUAAGGUUGCUUUUGAUUUUCUUUCUCUUUUUGCCUGAAAAGUCAUUCUCUAAGUCAAGCAACGAAAAUAUGGGUGAGAGAGAGGUAGACUGGUCUGCUCUUCCAAUGGAACUCUUGCCUUUAAUCGGAAAAACCGUCCAAGCUCGCAUCGAUGUUGUAAGACUUCGCAGCGUCUGUGCUUCAUUGAGAACCUCUAUCCCUCCACUACGUGGGAUAUCUCCUCCUUUGCUUCUCCCUUCUCCUUUCUCCAUCAACUCAGCUGGAGGCCAAUCCUUUCUCUCUCAAAGUUCCAUCUACCGUCUUGAGCCACUCGAUGAUAAUCCAAACCUUUCAACAUGUUCAUCGAAGGGCUGGUUGGUCAAGGUGGAAGAGUAUGAACCUGGUCGAGUACGUCUUUUGAAUCCACUUUCAAGCCUCCGUAUCAGGUUUUUCCCAGACUCUUUUCCAAAAGUGAUUAACUUAUUGGAUUUUCGAGUUGUCGAGGUAGGCAAAGCAUAUAAACUUCAACGUAGUAAUGGCAUGAAUAUUGCUGGUGUGGAUAAACUUCUGUUGUUUCCUAACUCUGCGUGGACUAGUUGUGUUGAAUAUAAAUUGAUUUUCGGGUUAUUUCAUGAAGGAAAGUUGGGGUAUGUGAAAUAUGGAGACAAGAAUUGGACCUUUGUAGAUGAUAACAACUUUUACUGUGAUGACAUUACUGUAUACAAGGGACAAUCCUAUGUUGUUGAUGGAUUGGGAACAGUUUCAUGGAUUGAUUCAUCAAUGAAGCUGAUACAAUUUUCGCCUCCACUUCCCCUUUGUGCUUUGGGAAACCAUAAGCAUUUGGUGGAGUCAUGUGGAGAACUCUAUGUUGUUGAUAGGUUCUUUGAUAGAGAGAGGAGGUUUGACCACGAUCUCCGUAGAUACCGUGUUUGUUCUAAGACAGUUAAUUUUGAAGUUUAUAAGCUGGACCAAGAGUGGGGUCGUUGGGUUAUGGUCAAGAAUUUGGGUGAUCAAGUUUUUUUUUUGGGUAAAGACAGUUCCUUCUCUGUUUCAGCUACAGAAUUCUCUGGAUGUAAAGGGAAUUGCGUUUACUUCACUGAUGAAAAUGACAUUGGUGUCUUCUACUUUGAGAAUCAGAAGAUUGGCAGAAUUGUAGAUUUCCAAGACCGGUGUCAUCUAAUUUGGCCUCCCCCAUCUUGGCUCAGCUCAAAAUCUUCAUCUAAAUGUUGAGUUUAAGUAAAUUUUUACUUGGUGGGUGUCUUUUUAAAUUAAUUUAGCAUGAGAUAGUAGUGCCCUUGAACUGCUCUAUGUUGGUGUGUCUUUUAUGAAUUUAGCUUUAUUUGUGAUGUCUCCUGUGUCACUUUGUUUAUUGAUUGUGAUAUUAAUCAGGUUUCAGCCUGACACAGUGGUUGAUUCUUGUCAUUUGAUAAUCCAUGUUGAUUGAAAAUUUGAUUUCAAUGGAGAUGUUGAGCAGGCUGUAAAAUAUUAGAACUUGUGCAGAAAUUGAACUUUCUCACAAAUCUAUUCAUGGCCUAGCCUUUUUAUUUA